GUCUUAUGGGCCUGAUGAUUUUGUUAUAUAUAAGCGUGUUGUCGCAUGUGUGUGGCUGUGAAGUGGACCGACAGAUAUUGCUCGGUUCUACAAAGAAGGUGAAAAAGACCGAUCGAGCGAGACACGUAAGAAGAGCAGAGAGAAGCGAAGUCCGCACUUAGUCAGAAAUAUCCAGUCCCGUGGUUUAAUAAGGUAAGUUUAUCUAAAAUAACUUCCGGUCUUGAGAUAAACGUCAAACAAUAAAGAUGGUGCGAUUCGCCGCUCUUUCAACCUGCGUCCUUGGUGCAUCCGGUUUGCUCAUGAAAAAGCAGGGAUUUGAUCCGUCGGUAUUUUACAUACUUUUGGUGAAGAGCAUUCGUUGUUUUCAGGAUCUAAAGUACGUAAUCGUUGUAUCAAUGAGAGGAUGUUUGCGAUAUUUAUACUGAAAGGAAGAGGCUGUGGAAAGUGAGGCGUAUCCUGGUUCGGUGAGCACGGUUUUUGAUCCAUCUUCACAGUACAAAAGUUUCUUGCUUCUAACAUACAUAACAGGUUAAGUUUUCUGACAAGGAGGUUUUCGGACGCGCAGCAGGCGGCGUCGUGGACGAGUGUAUUACGAUCCCACCGGAGACUGUUGCAUCCAAGACGGAGCCGCGCGUCGAAGUAUGUGGAACAAGUACUGAAGUAGAUUUCGCUAGUAGUAGAAGCUCUUUCAGUAAAUUAUCGGUCGCCGAGUGUUGUAGAUUUUAGAAACGUGUCCAAUUUUUCUUGCGAGCGGGUUUUUGAUUUUUAGAAAAUCGAUUCAAUGAAUGAGAAAGCAAUUCUAAGCCUAUAAUAUGGUCUCAAGCCUCGUCGGAAUGGGUGGGCGGUUGUGAUGGUUUUUUGUGUUGUACUAAUCAUUGCAUCAUCCUAAUAGAAAGCACAUUUACAUUUGAGGGCAGAAUUUCGCAGCAUUCUCUACUCCUCACUUUGACUAAGUCGGUAGUUCAUCCAAAAACUCGAACUCUUUCAAUCGUCUCUGUUGUUACGAUUGUAUCCCAUCCCCGCCAACAAAAGGUAACAAGGCGAUCGUGUAUCUUUUGAACGACUGCGAAGACUACAAAACCGUCGAAAUUGGAGCCUGUGAUACUAGUAUGCCACCAGAUACGUGCCAAUCUCUGAAGCCGGGCGAUGAGGGCGCCCCUGCAGGCUUUGAGACGUUUCAAUCGUAUAAGAUCGUGCCGUGUGACGGAGACGAGGCCGCAUAAGUGGAAGCCGUCAAAGUUUUUUUCCAGCUGUGCUCGUGGUGAACAGAAUAUUAGUUGACGUAGUGGACAGAACCUAUCCAGUAUCCGAUAGUCACACUGGCUGUGCUACCAAAUUUCGUCUGGUGAUGCAAACAGGGUGGUCGUUGAAUCUGGUCGUCGUAUUCGAAUUAUGUUUUUACAUGGCUUAAUAAAGAAAUCGGAUUAGCGCUCGGUUCCUUUUGUUUUUUCCAGUCAAUGCUCAGGGGCAUCUUGUUUGAAAAAUACUUGUCAUGAAAUUCGAAGCAAAGUUCGUCAUUGACGGCUCAAGUUGGAUUUUGAACUGAAGCUAUAUUUCUGAGAGACGUCUUGUUACACGGCGGUGCCCACAUGCUCUACUGCAGGCUUUUCGAAGAACAUCCUGCGUCAAAGUCACCGAAAAUUUGAGUGCUAAGCAGCCGUUCUUGUUCCUGCACAUUGUGGUGCUCCAACAUCGGUUCACCCCCAGAAC